AUGGGCGUGCCUUCGUUUUAUAGAUGGCUCACAAGAAAGUACGAGACGAUUGUAGUUGACGCCAAGGAAGAAAAAGGAGAGUGUGUUGAUUCCAGCCUUCCCAAUCCCAAUGGAAUGGAGUUUGAUAAUCUCUAUCUCGACAUGAACGGGAUUAUCCAUCCAUGCUUCCACCCCGAAGAUAACGCUGAUAUCGGUGCUCCGAAGACUUUUGAUCAAGUUUUUACAAAUAUAUUCGGUUAUAUCGACAGGCUUUUCAACAUUGUGAGGCCCCGGAGGCUUUUAUAUCUUGCAAUAGAUGGAGUUGCUCCACGAGCAAAAAUGAAUCAACAGAGAACCAGAAGGUUCAGAAAUGCAAAGGAUGCAGAACAAAUUGAAAAAGAAGAAGAGAGGCUGAGAAGGCAGUUUAUGUUGGAUGGUAAACAACUUCUUCCAAAACAAGAAACUGAACUUGCGGACUCUAACAUCAUAACACCAGGGACAGAAUUUAUGUUUAAGUUAUCGAAGGAGCUUCAAGGAUACAUUCAGCUUCGGAUGAAAAAUGAUCCUGGUUGGAAAGAUGUUAAGGUCCUUUUGUCUGAUUCCAGUGUUCCUGGUGAGGGGGAACACAAGAUUUUUUCCUUUAUCAGGCUUCAGCGUACGUUCACUGAAUAUGAUCCAAAUACACAACAUUGUGUUUAUGGCUUGGAUGCCGAUCUUAUUAUGCUGGCCCUGGCUACCCAUGAAAUUCAUUUUUCGAUUUUGAGAGAGGAUAUCCUGGUGCAACUUCCGGAUUCCAGUGGUCAUACAACUCAAGUUGUAGCUAGUGGUGAACCCAGAAAUAUGACCAAGUCAACAGAAGGGUCUGAAAAGUGUGGGGAGAAAGAAAUGUCAGAAAAAGUAUAUAAUGCCAAAAAAUCCGCAAAACAUUACCAGUUUCUUCAUUUGUGGAUUCUAAGAGAGUAUCUGAAACUUGAUAUGGAAAUCAAUGAUCCACCUGAGAAAUUUCAACCUGAUUUUGAAAGGCUCGUUGAUGAUUUCAUAUUUAUAUGUUUCUUUAGUGGGAAUGAUUUCUUACCACACAUGCCUACUCUGUACAUCCAUGAGGGAUGUAUUGAUCUCUUGAUGCAUGUCUACAAAAAAGAGUUUAAAGUUUUUGGAGGUUACUUAGUUGACAUGCAGCGUGCGAAUGACAAGAAGUCGGGAUAUAUAAAGCUUAAAAGAGUUGAGAAAUUCAUUCUCUUGGUCGGCAAUUAUGAAGAAAAUAUAUUCAGGAAAAGGGCAGACCAGAGAGGGAGGAUGCUCAGAAAGAUCCUUAAAGAAUAUGAGGAUUCAAGAUUUGAUGAUGAAAACCAAGACGUGGGAACAAGUGAAUUGCAUUUAUCAACUUUGAGAAUUUCAGGAAAUUUCUCAGAAGAUUUGCAUACAUCUGCAAAUGGGGUCAAUGAUCCAGAACUGAUUUUGAGAAAUACAAAAGAAUUGAAAGACAAACUUAGGGAAUAUAUUUGGAAAGCUGCUGACAGCUUUCAGAAUGGCGGGCUUGGAAGUGACAAGGUAAAAUUGAAUUUACCAGGCUACAGAGACAGAUACUACAUGGAAAAAUUUGAGCUAACUAGUACUGUGGAUAUUGAACAAAUAAGAAGAUCUGUGGUUGAGAAGUACACGGAAGGCCUUUGUUGGGUGACUCUAUAUUACUUUGCGGGAGUACCUUCUUGGACAUGGUAUUAUCCAUAUCAUUAUGGUCCAUUUGCGUCAGACAUGAAGGGGCUUUCACAAGUAAAACUACAUUUCCAGAAGGGUUUACCAUUCAAACCGUUUGAACAGCUUAUGGGUGUUUUCCCUCCGAGGAGCGCUCAUGCACUACCUAUACCUUAUCAGAAAUUAAUGAAAGAUGAAGAUUCCAGUAUCAUUGACUUUUAUCAGACAGAUUUUCAGAUCGAUGUUGAUGGUACACGCCACACGUGGCAGGGCAUAUGCAAACUUCCUUUCAUAGAAGAAAGUCGUCUUCUAGCAGAGACACGAAAGCUGGAGUGUGAGCUCCAGGCUGAUGAAGUUAUCAGGAACUCUGAAGGCCUUGAUAUGUUGUUUCUGGGACGAACAAGCUCAGAAAUUAUUUGUGAUCGCCAAAAUGUUGACUCCAAUGAGCAUUUUCAUGAAAGAAAUAUCGAUGCGAAGUUGAGCCAUGGGCUUAAUGGAUCUGUGCUUCUGAAGGAGGAAAAUGUAGCUGACAAGCUUUCCUUAUAUGACAACGAUAUUCUAUGCGUAUUUUACAAGUUGCCCCCGCAUAGGAUGCAUUAUCCACGUAAACUAGAAGGUGUUGUAGUUCCGGAAGAGACAAUUACUGAAGCUGAUGUUCACGAGACUCAGCUGUGGCAUGAAAAUCAGGGGCACCGGCCUUCUCCUAGAAAUCAAAAUCCCCAUAGGCAGUGGAAGACUAACAAGAAUGUAACAGACUCGACACCAGCUGGAGCUGUGAUCGUGAAAGGUGCUGGUUUAGGUUGGGGCAGUGGGAGAGGCAAGGCAAUAGCUGCAGAAUCUGCAAGACCAUCAGGUGCCCCAGGAAAGAUGGAAAAAAUGACUCCAAAUUCAAACUUUUGUUGGAACUCUUUGACAGGACAUAAUAGGCCGCAUAAUUUCAACUCGCCUUUGCAGCAGCAUAAUGAGAAAUGGAGGCCGAGUUUUGGAAGAGGAACACAAGUUACAGAGACAUAUAAGCCUUAUCAACCACAAGUUAAUAAGGUGCAGCUAGCAAGAGGGGAAACUCGAAUUGCAGAAAAAUUAAGUUUUAAUCAACAAGACACCAGAUAUGCGCGACAAGCAAGGAAUCUGAGUCGAGGAGAGACACAAGAACCCUAUCACCAUGCUAAUGACAAUGUAUGGCGAGCAACGAGUUUUGGUAGAGGGGAAGCACAAGCUGCCUGGACAUCGUCAUCAAAUGAACGUGCAAAUAGUAAUGUGUGGCGAUCAACGGGUUCAGCUAGAUGGGAAACACAAGCUGCCUGGACAUCAUCAUCCAAUGAACAGGCAAAUAGCAAUGUAUGGCAAGCAAGACAAUCUGGUAUAGGAGAAGGAAAAGCCGCAAUGACAUCGACGUCCAAUCAAUCGACAAACAAUAACACGUGGGGAUCGAUGAAAUCUGGUAGAGGACACUGGAGGGGAGAAAGUCGAGCAAGAUAA